AUGACCAAACCACACCCCACCACCACCACCACCACUUUCACUUCCACCACCUCCCCAACCAUCUCCCGCUCCACCGCCACAAACUGCACCUUCACCAACCUCAACCCCUCAGACUGCAUCCACCGCUCCACCCUCGACGCCGUCACCCUCGCACGCGAUCUCUCCUCGCCCCCGACCCCGCUCCGCAUCAAACGCAGCGUCCUCAGAACCACCACGCUCACCAACUCCUCCACCCGCCGCUGCAAGCUAACAAACAGCACCCUGCACAACUCGCCCGCGCGCUCGCUCGUCGCCACAGACUCCUCCCUCACAGACGCCCCGCGCACCCGGCGCAGCGAGCUGCGCGCCAGCGUCGUCGCGCAGAGUACCCUCGCGCGGAGCAUGCUGCUGCGCAGCCGGGUGCGGGGCGGUUCGGUGGUGCGCAGCACGGUGGAGGAUUCGGUGGUGGAGGGGAGUCGGGUGCGGAAGGCGGCGCUGCGGCAGUGCGAGGUGCGCGAGUGUGUGCUUGUGGGCACGGACUUUGUGGGCAUGAGGUUGCGGUUUGGGGUGUGGAGGGGGGGAAGGUUGGUAGGGAGGGUUCCUGGGGGGGAGGUGGUUUGUGAGAGGAUUGAUGGGAAGGGCGCUGGCCAGGUCGUGGAUGAGAAGAAGCUGCCUAUACUUGACUACAAGGUUUUGCGGGAGGAGAGUGAGAGGGAGGAGGAUAGCGAGACGGAGGAUGAGAAGGAGUUACUGCCUGCAUAUGCGCCUUGA